AUGAAAAAAGUAACUUAAUCUACUGCAUCAACCUUUAAACCAAAACAAAGUCUUGCUAAACCUAAGAGUCAAAAUUAAUUUGAAGAAACAGAUCCAGCUUAAAGAGGUAAUAAAAUAUAUAAUAUGAAGAUAGGAAAAUAAUCAGAAUGAGAAAUGUUGUUGAUUUAGGUGAUGCUUAAGAGGAUAAUAAAAAAAAUUCAAAAAAAAAUGGUAAUUCUUAAAAUUCUAAUAAUUAGAAAACUAAAAUGAUCCUCUUCUUGAACAACUUGAUUAAUGGCAUGAAAAUAUUAUGUCUAAGAAAAAAACUUAUGCAUUUGAAUAAGUCAAAUAAAAUGAUAAUAACAACAAUAAAGUGAUUGAAAAUGAAUUCAAUUUAGAUCAUGGACCAUAAAUAAACUCUAAUAUUAUCAAUCAAAUUAUGAAACCUAUUGAAUUACCUAACUUUAAAACUGAAGAUAAUAAUGAUGAUGUAUAAGUCUAAUUCCAAAUGCUUAGACCUAACAAAGAAUCUGGUAAUGUAUUAAAGACACUUGAUUAAGUAAGAAUAGAAAUGAAUAAACAAAUCUUAAAUAGUCUACUGCUCUAAAAAGUAACAAAAAAAUUGGAUGAAAUGAAUAUCAAUAGAAAACAUAAAACUAAUUGGAAUAUAUAACGUAUGGAUGAAGAAAUAACUUAAGUAUUUAGAGAUUAAUCACAUGCAUUAAAAUAAAGAACAUUAAAUAACUUCAAAGGUUUAACUGAGUAUUUUAGUAAUCCUGCAUAAUAUAUUGAUUAUGAAGUUGUCUUAUCAAAAGCAAAAUAUCAUUCUAAUAGACCUCCAACAUCAUUUCCUACAACUUAAAUUCCCUAAUAGUAAUAAAAUUCUACAUCUGCAAAGUCUUUAAUGGAGAGUUAUCAUUUAUUUUAAACUUAAAUCAAAGAACAUAAAACUAUAUUGUAUUAAAUGAGAGUUGAAAACAAUAACUUCGUAUAAGAAUUGAAUCGUUAUGAGGAAGAAGUAUAGGAUAUAAGAAGAAAGUUUUUUGUUAAGGAAGAGAAGGCAAGAUAAGGAUGGAUACCUGAAUAAUAGAAUGAUGGAGUUCCUAAUAAAAAAAGAAAUCUAAUGGAUAUUAUUGAAAAAAUAAGAAAUUAAAGGGAUGUUGAGAUCAGAUAAAGAACUAAAGAAAUAUAAUCAUUAAGAAAAUAAAUGUAAUAGAAUAGUGAAAAAUAAUAAUAAAUUUAAAAAGAACUUGAUGAAAUGAGAUAAAAGAAAAGAAGAUGUAAAAUGUUACUUAAAGAUAUUUUUUUAAAAUAAUUCUAAGAUUCUAAUAAUUCUCUUGUUCCAGAAGGUUUAGUGAGUAUUAUAAAGAAUAUGAAAAAAAUUAAUGAAAGUGCUAAACCAGAAUAUUUCCCAAAAUUUUUAGAUGAAAUUUCUAAGAAUUAUUUAUUAUUAGCAGCUUAAUUAGAAAUUGAAAUAGAAGAAACAAGAGUAUUAUCUUAAAAAUAUAAUCAAUAAUAAUUAUUAUAACGUACAACAAGUGCUAGAUAACAUAUAUCUACUUAAAGAUAAUAAAUGAAUGUUUCUGAGAUUAAAAAUUAAGUGAAAAUUAUGUUAAAGAAAAGUAAAGUUUCUAUAAAAAAACCUGUAUUUGUUUAAGGAAUUGAUCCAAUAAAUCCAAGUUCAUUUGCUCAUGUAAUAAAAUGGGAACAUUAAGAUUUAGAAAAUUAAUUAAUAACUGAACCUAUUGAAAAUAAUUUUAAAAAUUAAAAUAUUUCAUCAGAACGUAAUAAUAUAAUAAAAGAUUACAAUUAAAAAUUAGUUUAAUUAUAAUAAUAAUUAGAAUAAGCAACUAAUGAAGAAUGUUAACGUAUUUUAAAAUCAUAUUCAAAUAAAAAAUUAUUAUCAGAUAUUCAAGAAUUAAAAAUGGUUAUGUAUGCAUUAUUUGGUUAAGCAUUUGGAGAUUAAUAAUGGAUCUAAUUUGUUGUGGAAUGGACUGAAUAAAAAUAAUUAAAUCCUUUAUAUGUAUUAAAAUAAGAAGAACAAUCAAAAUAAAGUGAUACACGUAAAGAUUAACAUUCAAUACCAGAAAAGAUGAAAAAGAAAGUAUCUUAAACAUUAAAAAAAUUAACAGAAGUUACAAAUGUUGAUUAUAAUUUUGAAUUAUGUUUUUGA